AUGAAUGUUAUGUUUCACUAUGAUUUCAGUAAUCUAAAACCUGGCGAAAAAGUAGAGCCUCCUGAUGAUAAUGAUAGCCAGCAUCAUCCAGUAUUCACCAAAAGCCUGCAAGGACUGCUGCGAUCUAAAAUGGAAGCAGGUGAAGGAACCAUUCCGAUUGACACAGAGUACAGGUUUCAGAGCUGGGAUGCAAUUCUCAGAGGAGAGAAACUUCGUACCAUGUCUUGCAGUGAUAAAAUUGCACGUUGGAAUGUCUUAGGGCUUCAAGGUGCACUUUUGAGCCAUAUCAUGAAGCCUGUGUACUUGAGCUCAGUUACUCUUGGAAAUUUAUAUCAUCAUGGCCAUUUGUCUCGAGCGGUUUGCUGUAGGCUUGUCGGAGAACCCGAUUUGAACGAGCUCCUUCCAGAAGGGUACCGCUUGAACCAUCCGGAUCUGGGCCGAGUGAUCGUGUGCACGCCUUCGCGUGAGACCGAGAAAACCAAGCCCCACAGCAUCAAUUGGUGCCACGAGGAUGAACGACCGGAGUUGACAAGCGGUGUUAAUGGUACCUCUGAUGAAAGGGCUGGAGGUCAGUUGCAGUCACGUUUAUGCAAGGCAGUUCUCUUCCAAAGUUUCAAGGAAAUUGCUGCCAAAUUUGGGGUCGAACAUCUCUCUAACCUUACCUACGGCGAAGCGAAAAGAGCAGCCAAAGAUUUUCAAGCAGCCAAAGAGGUGCUAUUUAACAGAUUUCAACAGCUUGGACGCGGCACUUGGAUCCGCAAGCCUGAAGAAGAGGAAGAGUUUAUGUAAUCCUGCUGUUUAGCAUUUAAUUCCAGUUGUUAAUUAUAUCUUAAAGAACCUUAGUCUUGAAAUUUAAUAAUCAAUAGGCUACAAUCAGUAUGUAAUAUUAACUCGAGAUCUCAUAGUUUUUAGAAUGUACAGUUUAAAGCAGGAAGUAUUUCCUUGAAUAAAUGGAUUUCAAUUUAUAUAUAUAUAUAUAUAUAUACAUAUAAAAAGAUUUGAAUUUAAAAAGAAUGUCUGUUAUUUUGUGCCAUUCUCAGUAUUCUGAGGUUUUGCUUUUGUUGUAUCAUGUGUUUAGAUUUUUAGAUAGUUGUAUUAGUAUAUAUUUUAUGUUCCUAAAAAGUAAUAAUUUUAGGGUUUGUGGCCAAAACUUAAUGGAAAUAGCAGACUGAAUUUCUGAGGAUGUAAAUCUCAUAGCUUGAUAGAUUUAAAAUUUACUGCACAUCUUCUAUCCACCAAUGAAACUCUUUUAUUCUGAUUUAACCUCUUGAGACAUAUUGCUCUCUAGAUACAUUUCAAACAUGAAUCUUCAUCUGCCCUGGGCAGUUUUUAAACUAUUUACUUUGUUAAGUAGUUCGUAGCAAUCUCAUGUUCUCAACUUCCUUAGGUGAAGAUAUCCUAUCAAUGUAUGUACAAGAUCCAAUCUAUCCAAUCUAUGUACAAGAAUAUAUAUAUAUCUAUAUAUAUAUUUCUUCUGUCUCACUUUGUCUAAUUGCAUUUGAAUGGUUUUGAAAAGAUGGCUUUUUCUGAAGUAAUAAAAUUAAUGAGAUUUUUUGAUUGAGUAAUGAUUUUCUGUGUUUUGUUUUUUGUGUGUAAAAUUUUGCUUUUUUUUUUUUUUUCCCCCUUGUGAUCACUAAUUUCUGUAAUCAGUUGCUGAAAUUUACUUUUUUAUAACCUUUUGCUCAAUUAGAAAAUUUAAUCUUCCAUGUAAAAGUUAAUGGAAAUAUUUUUCUAUGAGUUAUUAAAUUCGAAUCUAUAAACUUUGAAUCCAUGUAAUGACAUAAGUGCAGGUGAGAAGUUAACAUCAUAAACUCUCAUGUACCUCUUGAAUUUGAGUCCAGAAAUAUGCAAGAUAUUAAGCAUUAAACUGUGAUAAAAAAAUAAAUCGGCAUUUUAGGUACUGUCAAUAUGGCGAUGCCAAAGUUUCCUAAUUCAUCUAAUAAGGAAGUUUUCAAAUUAUUGUACAUCCAUGUUGAUGCAGAAAUGAUGUAUGUGUGUAGUGUGCAAACUUGUCAAAGUGGAUACUUGUAUUGUUGUUUUUGUGAAUUUCUUAAACGUCCCUUCUGUAAUUUAGUACCAUAUAUAUGAAAUUGUGUAAAUAGUCAAAAUGUGUUUGUCUGUGAACUGUCAAGUAAGUGUAUGUCUAAAAUCUGUAUGAAAUCAGUGCAGCUUGCAAUUAUUGGAGUUUGAUGAGGAUUGUAGAUGAGAGCAUUUUAUAGACUUUUCCCUUGUGAGUCAACAUGCUUGGUAUAACUGAGUUAUGUUUUGGAAGGAAUCUAUUACCAUAGAGAUUUUAUGAUGCACUUUCAGCUGCAGAAUUCAAUAUAGGGGCUGAGUAUUCACUGUUAAAUGUUAGCCUAACAUUUAACUGUGAUAAUCAUCAAUAUUUCUGAACUCUAGCCACAUUAAUAGGAAUUAAAAACCUUUGUGAUUUUCUAUAUGUUACUGUAUAGUUAAGUUUGAAGGCUAGAAACUCACCUUAAGUGUUUUAUUAAUAGGAAGAUGAUUUUUGAUAUUGCCAUUUCCCCAUUUGAAACACGUUGCACAUACUGAGUUAUCUCUACAGGUUAAUACUUUUCUGUACUUUGUGUAAAGUAUUGUGAAUACAAAUCAUCCUUUGGGUAAAGUCUCUAGAACAAAUAUCGUCAUUUUGUGUUCUCCUUUCACUCCAGCAUGUGUAUUGUAAUUUUAUAUGCAACAGCAAGGCUGUUUGUAAAUUAAUUUUAAUUUUUUUGUUAUUGCUAUUUAUGUUUGAGAGCUUAUGUUUAUAAAAUUUUCAAACAAGAUGUACUCUUGAUGGUCAUUUGAUAGUCAUAAAUUCCAUUGUUAUUUAUUUUAGUGUUUUAAAUAUUGCUUAUUAUUUUGUUACUUUUUGUUUAUUUUAUAUAUGUUUUGUAAAGUUUCAUGACACAAACUGAAUUAUUAUCUACAUGCCAUAGUAUAAGUUAGAAAACAUUAAUUUUCAGUAUUAAAAUAUUUUUAUUAUAUUAGCUAUUAUACUCAACAAAAUUUCUAUAUAUUUGUUUUGUUCCUAUAAAGUCUGAGUGAAAUAUUUGUUGGUUUGUAUUUUUUAUUUGUAUUUUUAUGUAUUUGUAUAUCAUUAAUCAGUUUAUCUCUUUCAGUUUGAAAUGUCUUUUAACGCACAGUUUUAGGAAGGCACUAAUUUGAUCUAGUUUGCAUGAAUAUUGAAUCAUUUUACAUUAGUCUUAGUAGUCUUCCACUUUAUUUGCUUACUUAAAGCAUUGGAAAGCAAAUAUUUCUUAGGGCUUCUUCUUUUGCCUUAUGAUUUAAGUUUUCUGCAAUGAAAAAAAAAAAAAAAAAAAA